AUGCUCGCUCUGGAGUGUGGCUACCCGUCGCAUCGCAUCGCAUCGCAUCCCUCCACCCAGCCCAACACAACAAGCGCGAACCUCACUAACACCACUCCCACAGACCCCCACCCUCUCCUCGCCCAAGUUCCCCUAACACUCUCGCCCUUCCUCUCCCUCCCCACAUCCGUCCCCUUGCCAUACUCCUACGUAACCCUCCCGUCGACGCUACCUCCCUCGAUCCUCUCCCAACAGCAGCAACAACAAGACCCGUCCAACCCCAACGCCUCUGCGUCGAAACCAGCAUAUGUCACCUCGUCAACGGGCACAUCAGCGCAUCCAGACCAGAUACUCACGUCGUGUGUCGCGUUACAAGAGCACCUUGCUAAGCUAGAAGCGGACGCGAGGAGAACGUUGGCGGAGUGGGAGGAGAGGCGGCGGAAGGAGGACCUCGCGGAGAAGAGGCGGGUUGCGCCUGGGUGGUUGGAUAGUGGUGUGCAUAUCAUCAAGCCGGAGGGACCUGGCGAUAAUAAUGAGUCGGUCAAGGAAGAAAAGGUGCCGGAGCAGAAUCUCAUGGAUCUAGAUCCGCAGGCGGAGCGCAAGGCACAGGAAGGCGAGGAGCUGGAUAGGGUGUUUGGCGGAUUACAAGUCUAA